CAAUUUCACUGAACUGGGAGGACCCAACAACUGUUUUGCCGUACCAAUAUUGCGACGAUUACGCUUGACUAACGAGUAGAUUUAGCUGGUUGUCAUUAUGCUUCGAGUUGUACCCUGUAGCUGUUAAAUAGAUUUAACAAUGUCACAAAUUUUUAAUGCAGUUAACAUCCAAUUGCGAAGAAAUGUUUACGCGUACCAGUAUUUCAGGCGAAUUGCCCAGCGAACCAUAUGGUGCGCUCCACAGAAAUGCGCAGGGGAGGGGGACCAUGGAUCCUAUGUGCUGGGGAAGAGGUGGAAGGACACUGCAGAGACAGUGGUCAUUGGGGGAGGGUGUGUAGGGGUCAGUCUGGCCUACCACCUGGCCAAGGCUGGGAUGAAGGAUGUUGUUCUCCUGGAGAAAUCUGAGCUGACAGCUGGCUCCACAUGGCACGCUGCGGGGUUGACCACAUAUUAUCACCCAGGGAUCAACUUGAAAAAAGUUCAUUACAACAGCAUUAAACUUUAUGAGAAGCUGGAAGAGGAGACAGGCCAGGCCGUAGGUUUCCACCAGCCAGGCAGCAUCCGUAUUGCAUCCUCUGCAGUCCGAGUGGAUGAGAUAAAGUACCAGAUGGCCAGGGCGCACUGGCAUCCCACACCACAGUUUCUCAUUGGCCCAGAGAAGGUCAAAGAGCUUUUCCCUUUGCUGAACAUGGACAAGGUGUUAGCUGGGCUCUAUAAUCCUGGAGAUGGGCACAUUGACCCAUACUCCCUCACCAUGGCGCUGGCUGCUGGGGCUCGCAUGUACGGAGCCCAAAUAUACAACCCCGCGCCGGUCACUGCCCUCGCCCCCACUCCUGACGGGAAGUGGGACGUCCAGACGCCGCACGGGACCAUCCGCGCCAACCGCAUCGUCAACGUCACAGGUUUCUGGGCCCGGGAAGUUGGGAAAAUGAUUGGCAUUGAGCACCCUACCAUCCCUGUCCAUCACCAGUAUGUGGUGACAUCAACAGUGCCAGAGGUGAAGGCCCUAAAGACUGAGCUACCAGUCAUCCGGGACCUAGAGGGCUCAUACUAUCUACGUCAGGAGCGAGAUGGACUGCUCUUUGGACCAUACGAGCAAGAGGAGAAGAUGGUGCUGCAGGACUCUUGGGUCAGGGAUGGGGUCCCUCCAGGCUUUGGGAAGGAGCUGUUUGAGUCCGAUCUGGACAGGAUCAUGGAACAUGUUGAAUAUGCCAUGGAGAUGGUCCCUGUUCUGAAGAAUGCCGACAUCAUCAACAUUGUGUCCGGUCCCAUCACCUACACCCCAGACCUCCUGCCCAUGGUUGGACCUCAUCAGGGGGUGCAAAAUUAUUGGACAGCCAUUGGCUUUGGGUAUGGAGUGAUCCAUGCUGGAGGGAUGGGAAAAUUCCUGAGCGACUGGAUCAUGACUGGGGAACCUCCAUUUGACUUGAUUGAAUGUGACCCCAACCGCUACUCAAAGUGGACCACAGUGCCCUACCUGUGCGCCAAGGCCAGGGAGUCCUAUGGCUUCAACAAUGUUGUGGGGUACCCUAAGGAGGAGCGCUUUGCAGGUCGACCCACCAGCAGAGUGAGUGGUGUGUAUGAGCUCCUUAAAUCCAAGGCUUCCAUGGGCUUCCACGCUGGCUGGGAACAGCCCCACUGGUUCUACAAACCUGGAGACGAUGUCGGAUACAAACCCAGCUUCAGGCGCACUAACUGGUUUGAACCGGUUGGACGAGAAUGCAAGCUGGUGAUGGAAAAAGUGGGGGUGAUUGAUCUGACGCCCUUUGGGAAGUUCAUGGUCAAGGGGAAGGACUCAGUCAAGCUGCUUGACCGUCUCUUUGCCAACGUAAUGCCAAAGGUCGGCCUGACCAAUAUCAGCCACAUGCUGACCCCUUCAGGAAGAGUGUAUGCCGAGGUCACCAUUACCCAGCUGGCACCGGGAGAGUUCUUGCUCAUCACUGGAUCUGGCUCUGAACUCCACGACCUCAGGUGGAUUGAAAAGGAAGCGGUGGAUGGUGGUUAUGAUGUGGACAUCACCAAUGUAACUGAGAACAUCGGUGUGUUGGGUGUGGCAGGGCCCAAAUCCAGGGAAGUCCUGCAGAAACUGACAGAUGAAGACAUGAGCGAUGCUGCCUUCAAAUUCCUGCACUGCAAAUCAAUCAGAUUAGCAGGAAUUCCUUUGAGAGCCACUAGGAUAUCUUAUACAGGUGAGCUGGGCUGGGAGCUGUACAUUGACAAUAAGGACAUGGCUGCUGUGUACCUGGCAAUAAUGGAGGCUGGGCAGAACGAAGGCAUCGAUAACUUUGGUACCUAUGCCAUGUCUUCCCUGAGGCUGGAGAAGGGCUUCAGAGGCUGGGGAGCAGAGAUGAACUGUGACACCAAUCCCUUGGAGGCUGGCUUAGACUACUUCAUCAAGCUAAAUAAGCCAGCAGACUUCAUCGGGAAGAAGGCCCUACAGGAGAUCAAGGCUAAAGGCCUGAAGCGCAAACUGGCCUACCUCGUUGUGGACACUGACGAUAUUGACCCAGAGGGCAAUGAAACCAUCUGGCACAAGGGCAAGGUGGUUGGCAACACAACCUCAGGGGCCUACAGCUAUACCAAGCAGCAGAGCCUGGCGUUUGCGUACUUGCCGCUUGAGCUGAUCAAUGUGGGCCAAAAUGUGGAAGUGGAGCUUCUGGGCAGGAAGUACCCUGCCAUGGUGAUCCAGGAGCCUUUGGUCCUGACUGAACCCACCAGAACCAGACUGCAGAAGAAGGCAAAGAGCACAGUAUAACAACGCCUGCAAGCACACCUGAUCCUGGGUCAGCAGAGCUGCACUGUUCUCUGCACAGACCAGUGAAAGGCUAGUCUCAGAUAAGCUUACCCUUUCUGCAUACAGCAAGCAGGAAGUGACAGCCGCACGAAGAAAACAGGCAGACUGCUGGAGGACUGUCACAGGAACAACUUCUGCUUCCUGUUUGUGGCCUAGCUGUGAAGGAGUUAAAUGUCAACACAUACAUUACAAAUAUGUGCGUUAGCGGAAUAUGCUUAAAAAAUGACCAGCAUAUGUUUUGGAAACUACAGCUUAAACACAUAUGCAGAAUUGCAUUAUUUCAGUCUUACAUAAUAUAUUUUUUUACGAGGUAAUUGAACAAAAUUCAUUGAACGUCUCACUGAUUGGGAAAGAGCUCAGGAAGAACCACCUCAGCAACAUUUUUGAAGCUGUCAUAAUAAAUUUAAGAAAUUAAACAAAUACUUGACUAGCUUUUCCAUUCUAUUUGUGUAUUAGAGCAUAUGUGAGGUACAUGCUCUGGAUAAUGUAGUCUUAAAUUGGAGCAGGUAAAUUAAGGAUAAUGGUCAAGGAUAAUUAAAGGAAGAGAAGGUCAUUUUCACAAAAAUGCACUAGUAUUUUUUGUUAAAUUCUAUAAUGAUGGACUUUGAUAUCCUUUGUAAUUUGUUAUGUAUUUACAUAUAAUAAAUUAAAGGCAGUAGUGUG